AUGUCUGACAAGUCAUCGCCUGAGCACAAGAACUUCAAGGUCGCCCUAGUCGGCGGAGGGAUCUGCGGCCUGACCUGUGCCAUAGCCCUGAUACGUGCAGGUGUACCUGUUCAGAUCUUCGAGGCAGCGGCCAAACUCGGUGAAAUCGGUGCCGGAGUGGGACUCGGGCCAAACGCCGUACGCAUCUUGCGUACUCUCGGUGUUCUCGAUGACGUCCUAGAGAAGUGCAACGAGUCUGAACUCAGCACGAGGAUGUUCAGGUUCGUGUCGGGAAUGGAAGGCCACGAGGUCCUCUAUGAUCUGAUCUUGGUGAAGUAUCCAGAGUCGGAGGAAAACGGCGGGCUUGGCGCACACCGCGCGGCAUUGUUGGAUGCCUUGCAGAAGUUCAUCGAUCCCAGUAUCAUCCACUUCAAGAAGCGAUGCGUCUCAGUAGCGCCCAUCGAGAACGACCCUACUCGAGUCGUCAUCACUUUUGACGACAAUACGGUAUAUGAAGCCGAUCUCGUCAUUGGCGCGGACGGCGUCCACAGCGCCGUACGCACCGCAGUGACUGGUGGUGGCGAGAACAAGGCAGCCUUUAGCAAUGCAAUCUGUUACAGAGGUCUGUUUCCUGCGGACAUGCUCAAGAAAGCAAGCGUGAAGACGGACGUCACGGCGCGGUCUGUUUGCUUCGCCGGAAAGGACAAGCAUCUCAUCGUCUUUCCCAUCAAGCAUGCCGAACUUAUCAACGUGGUAGCGUUUGCAGCAGACCACAACGCACCUAUCGGGUCGAAGGAGCUCGAGUAUCCCAGCGUCAAGGAUGUCUCGCAGAAAGAAUUAUUGAACGAGUACGAAGCCUGGGGAAGCGACGUGAUAGAUAUCCUUAAGUGUAUCAAAACCCCGAGCAAAUGGUCGAUACCUGUCGUCUAUCCGCCGCUGGAGACGUAUGUCAAGGGGCGCAUUAUAGUCGCAGGAGACUCGGCGCACGGAAUGCUGCCACACUUGGGUGCUGGUGCUGGUCAGUGCAUCGAGGACGCAUACGUGAUCGCUCAACUGCUCGGGCACCCUGGAACGACCGGCUCCAAUAUAGAGGCUGUCCUCGAAGCAUACGACCGCGUCCGUCGUCCACGCGCUCAGAUGGUGUGGGAGGGGAGUGUCAAGGCUGGGGAAAUUUACGAUGGCUAUGGUGAGCACGGACUGAGCCCGCAGGGCAUACAGGAAGACCUUGGGGGGAUGUGGGAUCGCGUUUGGCACCAUGACGUCGAGGACGACGUGAAGUCGGCUGUGUCUUGGCUCAGGGCGACGACAUUCGGCGCAUGA